AUGGAGUGGGCAACGGUGCAGCAUCUGGAUCUGCGGCAUGUAGGUCGAGGUGUGAACCGGAGAUUGCAGCCUCAUGCUGCUACGUUUCACCCUACACAAGCUCUCGUGGCCGUUGCGAUCGGGCCUUGCAUAAUUGAAUUCGAUGCAGUUACGGGCAGCAAGCUCUCAACUAUUAACAUUGGGGCUCCUGUUGUGCGUAUGGGUUACAGCCCAACCAGUGGGCACUCUGUAAUUGCUAUUCUAGAGGAUUGUACCAUUCGGGCCUGUGAUUUUGACACUGAGCAAACUUGCGUAUUGCAUUCCCCUGAAAAGAGAUCGGAACGUAUAACCAUAGACACAGAAGUUCAUCUUGCAUUGACUCCUCUUCAACCUGUUGUCUUUUUUGGUUUCAGCCGCAGAAUGAGUGUAACUGUUGUUGGAACUGUUGAAGGGGGUAGGGCGCCCACAAAAAUAAAAACGGACUUGAAGAAGCCAAUAAUGAAUCUUGCUUGCCAUCCACGGCUUCCUGUUCUGUAUGUGGCCUAUGCAGAUGGUUUGAUUCGAGCCUACAACAUUCACACAUAUGCUGUUCAUUACACACUUCAAUUGGAUAAUACCAUCAAGCUCAUUGGUGCCGGAGCCUUUGCUUUUCAUCCAACAUUAGAAUGGAUCUUUGUUGGCGAUAGACGUGGUACACUCUUGGCAUGGGAUGUGUCUACUGAGAGGCCCAGUAUGAUCGGAAUAACCCAGGUAGGCUCACAACCAAUUGCAUCAAUAUCCUGGCUCUCGAUGUUGAAGCUACUUGUUACUGUUUCAAAAGAUGGAACACUUCAAGUAUGGAAAACACGAUUGGUAGUUAACCCUAACAGACCACUGAUGCCAGCAAACUUUUUCGAACAAGCUGGAAUCGAAUCAAUAGAUGUCCCUCGCAUUUUGUCUCAGCAGGGAGGAGAAGCAGUUUAUCCUCUACCAAGGAUUAAAGCCUUGGAAGUUCAUCCAAAAUUGAAUUUAGCAGCUCUCAUAUUUGCAAAUAUGGCAGGUGCUGAUAAUAUGAGGAAUAGGGCUGCAUACACUAGGGAAGGAAGGAAGCAACUUUUCGCAGUCCUGCAAAGUGCAAGGGGAUCAUCUGCAUCUGUUUUGAAGGAAAAGCUGUCCUCCCUGGGUGCAUCAGGAAUUUUGGCUGAUCACCAGCUUCAAGCCCAACUGCAAGAGCAUCAUCUGAAAGGGCACGUGCAGCCAACAAUUUCAGACAUUGCUAGGAAGGCUUUCCUUCACAGUCAUUUUAUGGAAGGUCAUUCCAAAAGUACCCCAAUAUCCCGAUUACCUCUCAUAUCAAUUUUAGACACUAAGCAUUAUCUGAAGGAUAUUCCUGUGUGCCAGCCUUUUCACUUGGAGCUAAAUUUCUUCAACAAAGAAAAUCGAGUUCUUCAUUACCCUGUUAGGGCUUUCUAUGUGGAGGGUUUGAAUCUUAUGGCAUACAAUCUCUGCACUGGAGGAGACAGCAUAUAUAAAAAACUAUAUACUACGAUUCCUGGAAAUGUGGAAUAUCAUCCAAAGCACAUGGUGUACAGUAAAAUACAGCAGCUGUUCCUUGUUGUUUAUGAAUUCAGUGGUUCUACAACUGAACUGGUGCUUUACUGGGAGAAUACUAGUUACCAGGCAGCAAACAGUAAAGGAAGCACACUGAAAGGGCGUGAUGCGGCAUUUAUUGGUCCUAAAGAAUUCCAGUUUGCUAUUCUUGAUGAAGACAAAACGGGAUUGUCAUUGUAUAUUUUGCCGGGAGGAGAUACAAAAGAAGGCAAAGAUAAUAAAGAAUUAUUAUUAGAAGAGAACCCUACUGCUGAAGAAACAAAAGAUGGGUCACUUCAGGGCCCAAUACAGUUCAUGUUUGAAAGUGAAGUCGAUCGUAUAUUCUCCACUCCAAUAGAGUCAACUUUGAUGUAUGUGUCGAAUGGGAUUCAGAUUAGUCUGGCCAAGUUGGUACAAGGAUAUCGUCUUUCAAAAUCAGAUGGUCAUUACAUACAGACGAAAUCUGAAGGAAGAAAGUCAAUCAAGUUGAAAUUAAAUGAAAUCGUACUCCAGGUCCACUGGCAAGAAACUCCUCGGGGCUAUGUUGCAGGAAUAUUGACCACUCGCAGGGUGCUCAUGGUAUCAGCAGACCUUGAGAUAUUGGCAAGCAGCACUAUGAAAUUCGAUAAAGGACUUCCUCCAAUAUCCUGA